CAGGAGGAGUCGUGCUGCGUCACUUCCUGUGUGUAGCAGUAAUAAAGGCCUGGCGGGAGACCGGCUCCGGUGCUUUGGUUUGUUCGGUGAAUCCGGUUGAAUCGGAGCCAUCAGAACCGCGAACAUGACGGUGGGGAAGAGCAGUAAGAUGCUGCAGCACAUCGACUUCAGGAUGAGGUGCAUCCUGCAGGACGGACGCAUCUUCAUCGGCACCUUCAAGGCCUUCGACAAACACAUGAACCUCAUCCUGUGCGACUGCGACGAGUUCAGGAAGAUCAAGCCGAAGAACUCGAAGCAGCCGGAGCGCGAGGAGAAGAGGGUUCUGGGUCUGGUUCUGCUGAGGGGGGAGAACCUGGUCUCCAUGACGGUGGAGGGCCCACCCCCUAAAGAUACUGGGAUCGCCCGGGUCCCAUUGGCGGGCGUGGCUGGCGGUCCAGGUGUUGGCCGUGCGGCAGGUCGCGGCGUCCCUGCGGGAGCGCCAAUGCCUCAAGCUCCGGCCGGACUGGCGGGGCCGGUCAGAGGAGUGGGCGGUCCUUCGCAGCAGGUGAUGACGCCGCAGGGCCGAGGGACGGUCGCCGCCGCCGCCGCAGGAGCCAGCAUUGCCGGUGCGCCCACGCAGUAUCCACCGGGAGGGGGACCCCCCCCCCCCAUGGGCAGAGGAGCCCCGCCUCCAG